AUGGCGUCGCUGAGUGACAAAUCAGUUUGGGACGAAGUGGAGGAUGGUAUCGGUGAAGAAGUGUUAAAAAUGUCCACGGAGGAGAUAGUUCAGCGGACUCGUCUCCUCGACAGUGAGAUAAAGAUUAUGAAGAGCGAGGUGCUCCGGGUGACGCACGAGCUACAGGCCAUGAAGGAUAAAAUCAAAGAAAACACGGAGAAGAUUAAGGUGAACAAAACGCUGCCUUACUUAGUUUCUAAUGUGAUCGAGCUGCUGGAUGUGGACCCCAACGACCAGGAGGAAGACGGAGCUAACGUGGAUCUGGACUCCCAGAGAAAAGGAAAGUGCGCCGUCAUUAAAACCUCGACGCGACAGACCUACUUCCUGCCGGUGAUCGGUCUGGUAGAUGCCGAGAAGCUGAAGCCCGGAGACCUGGUAGGAGUCAACAAAGACUCCUACCUGAUCCUGGAGACCCUUCCCACCGAGUAUGAUUCCAGAGUCAAGGCCAUGGAGGUGGAUGAGCGCCCCACAGAGCAGUACAGUGACAUUGGGGGGCUCGAUAAGCAGAUUCAGGAGCUUGUGGAAGCUAUUGUCCUUCCCAUGAAUCACAAGGAGAAAUUUGAAAACCUGGGAAUUCAGCCACCCAAGGGAGUCCUGAUGUAUGGACCACCUGGCACAGGAAAGACCCUCCUGGCCAGGGCCUGCGCCGCUCAAACCAAGGCCACUUUCCUGAAGCUGGCAGGUCCACAGCUGGUCCAGAUGUUCAUCGGUGAUGGAGCCAAGCUGGUGAGGGAUGCCUUUGCUUUGGCCAAGGAGAAAGCCCCAUCCAUCAUUUUCAUCGAUGAGCUGGAUGCUAUUGGCACAAAGAGGUUUGAUAGUGAGAAGGCAGGAGACAGAGAGGUGCAGAGGACCAUGCUGGAGCUGCUCAACCAGCUGGAUGGAUUUCAGCCCAACAUGCAAGUCAAGGUCAUUGCUGCCACCAACAGAGUGGACAUCUUGGACCCGGCACUGCUUCGUUCAGGACGUCUGGACAGGAAGAUUGAGUUCCCCAUGCCUAAUGAGGAAGCAAGAGCUCGUAUCAUGCAGAUUCACUCCCGCAAGAUGAAUGUAAGUCCAGAUGUCAACUACGAGGAGCUGGCUCGUUGCACUGAUGACUUCAAUGGCGCCCAGUGCAAAGCUGUGUGUGUGGAGGCUGGUAUGAUCGCACUGCGUCGUGGAGCCACAGAGCUGAACCACGAGGAUUACAUGGAGGGAAUCCUGGAGGUCCAGGCUAAGAAGAAGGCAAACCUUCAGUACUACGCCUAAGGACACUAACUGUGUUCUGUGUUUGUGUGAGAGAGUUUUUGUUUCUUAAACCAGUCGUUGAAUAAACCAUUGUUACUAAGGCUGAUUAACUUGGGUUAAUAAAAAGAGGGAAACUGAA